UGACAGAAUCAUUAAAUGUCAGCGUUUUUUUUCGUUUCUCGAUAAAAGAAGGAAAAGUGCGUUGAACAAGAAAUAAGGUGUGGUUGAAAAACAUAAAUUUUACUAUUAGAUUAAUGCGUUAGCUUAUAAAAAACUGUUAAAGUUAUUUGUGAAAGUGUAAAAGUUAAAGAUUAAAGUAACAGCAUAAUGGCAGGACGUUUACCGGCUUGUGUGAUCGAUGUUGGCACAGGUUAUACAAAGUUGGGUUAUGCGGGUAACAAAGAGCCGCAGUUUAUUAUUCCCUCGGCUAUUGCAAUUAAGGAGACCGCGCGAGUUGGUGACACUAACACCAGGAGAAUAACGAAGGGUGUUGAGGAUUUAGAUUUCUUUAUUGGCGACGAGGCAUUCGAUGCUACUGGUUACUCAGUUAAGUAUCCAGUCCGUCAUGGAUUGGUGGAAGAUUGGGACUUAAUGGAACGUUUUCUGGAGCAGUGCAUUUUUAAAUAUCUGCGUGCAGAACCCGAAGAUCAUCAUUUUUUGCUCACUGAACCUCCGCUUAACACGCCAGAGAAUCGCGAAUAUACCGCUGAGAUUAUGUUUGAA